AUGGCCACAGCUACGGCGAGGAUCAGCAACAGGGACGAGCAAGACGUCGACGAAAUGUCUGAAACGCCUGACUUUGGAGAUCAUGUCGACAACACCAUCUUCUCACAACUCCUUGAGAUGGAUGACGAUGACGAACGUGACUUCAGCGGGCCCCUAGUUGAAAACUUCUUCGAGCAGGCGGAUGAGACUUUUGUCAAUAUGGACCUUGCCUUAACCAAAAAGGACCUGGAAGAGCUUUCUAAGCUAGGUCACUUCCUCAAGGGAUCUUCUUCAACGCUCGGAUUCAACAAAAUAAGAGAUAGCUGCCAAAUCAUACAGCAAUACGGUCACAAGCUGAACGUCGAUGGCAGCGACGAGAAGGACGAGAAGGUCUGCCUCACUAAGAUUGAGGCGGCCAUCCAGGUGGCUAAGGUCGACAAAAAGGAGUUAGAAAAGCUCAUGAACGACUUCUUUGGAAAGGCCAAGUGA